AUGCACUGGACAGUGAAUCUGCCUAUAUGCUCAACUGAUGAAGCAUGGGUAUCCUCUCCGUUGAACAAGGUGAAGUUUGGUACAUUAAAGCACGGGGAUAGAGGUUCCAUCAUCUCUCUUAUCAUCCUCUGUAGUGCUCUCAUGUCAUUCAAGGCAUUAAUAGGAUGCGGAUUUUGCCCCUGUUGUUCUGGCUGGUUGGGUUCAAUCCUCUGUUCCACUCUAUAUGGUCUAGCAAAAGGGUUUAUUCCCCCUCUACCUCUCAUGCCCCUUGCUAAUGGAGGGAAUGGAUUGGGGGCCAUCCUUCUAGCUUGGAUUUCUCCAUGUCCUAGCAUUCCAGCUAUCUGUGCGAUGAGAGGAUUCUCUUGGUAUGGCCAUGCCAGUCCUGGUGGAGGUUCAAAAGGGAGAUCUAGAGUAUCCUGGCUCACGGUCUUUCCUGAACUGCCUCACGGUCCUUCCUAA